GCAUGACUGUCUGAUUGUGUCAGCCGUCGUCGUCGUCCCUCGGUAGGGACUCGUCGUUCGACGUCCGGACCGCCCAUCACUUUUCUCCCCUUUCCGCCUCAUCCCCUUGUUAAAGUGCGAUCCUUCGGUCGCGCCCGGUUUCUACCUCUCUCCUUUUAUAUCUCUAAAACGGCCGGGAAAUCCGUCGGUUCGCCGUGAAUUUCGUUCCUAUUUGGUCCUGCAACGAGGGGAGCUCUCCUCGCCCUUUUCCGUCUCUUUCUUAUCGGUUUCCUCUGUCUGAUUCCUGUCCGUGGGUGGUGGAGUUGCCGAGGCGGCCAUGGCGAUCCUGUACGCGCUGGUCGCUCGCGGCUCCGUCGUCCUUGCGGAGUUCAGCGCCACGCCGACGACAGCGAAUGCGAUCGCCAGGCAGAUUUUGGAGAAGAUCCCCGGCAACGUCGACAGCCACGUCUCCUACUCGCAGGAUCGGUACAUCUUUCAUGUCAAGCGCACCGAUGGUCUCACCGUUCUCUGUAUGGCCGACGACACAGCUGGACGGAGAAUCCCAUUUGCUUUUCUGGAAGAUAUUCAUAGUAGGUUUGUGAAGACCUAUGGUCGUGCAGUUCAUUCAGCUCUUCCAUAUGCCAUGAAUGAUGAAUUUUCUAGAGUAUUAAGCCAACAAAUGGAUUAUUAUUCAAAUGAUCCAAAUGCAGACAGAAUAAAUCGCAUGAGAGGUGAAAUGAAUCAGGUCCGCAAUGUAAUGAUUGAGAAUAUCGACAAAGUUCUAGACAGAGGUGACAGAUUAGAAUUGCUUGUUGAUAAAACAGCGAAUAUGCAAGGGAACACUUUUCGCUUUAGAAGGCAAGCUCGUCGUUUCAGAAGUUCAGUCUGGUGGAGGAAUGUCAAGCUCACGGUUGCAUUGAUUGUCCUCCUCAUCAUUAUCAUUUACAUCGUGCUUAUUUUCGUCUGCCACGGAUUUACUCUACCUUCCUGUCGGUAAUAAGUAGAGUUUGUUUGUCCAGUUUACAGGUUUGCUGUAGAGCCUUCAUGUAAGAGUGUUUAUUGCGUCAAUUUUUCAACUCAUUUGAAUGUGUGAAUGUGGUAAAACUUGAACCCUUCUGAGUCUUGUUAAUGUCAACUCGAAUGGAGAAUGAGAUUAAGCUGAUUCUCUUCGUUUUUUGGGAAUAAAAUGUCAAAAUGUUGGCUGGGAAA